ACAAGGGGAAGCAUCUGAACUGUGCCGACGAGCCGCCUGCUUUGCACCAUCACCACGCCGCGCGGCAGCUGAGCGGCGGCGGCAGCAGCAGCAGCAGUGCUGGGAAGCCCACCUCCGAGGAAGCGAGCCGUCGGCUGACUCCUUGUUCCAGGAGCGCGCAGUGGCACUGGUUCCGGGCGUCCGGAAGUCACGGCAAGAACCGCGCAUGGGUUCCAGGACAUCGGGCGUCUCUCAAGCAGCACUGUCACGAGUCGACGGCGCAGCAACAUUGCUGGGGCCUGCCAUGGCGUAGCAUGUUCCCGGCCAAGAAGCUCCGGCUCCGGCGACUACUCGCCUGGGCCGCCGGCCUCAGCUUCUGCACCGUGCUGCUGGUCGGACUCCGGGAGCAGCAGCAGGCGCCCGGACUGCCCGACGCUGCGUCGCGAGAUGUCAACAACGCCAUCGGAGGGCAGCGCGCCGUGGACCAGCAGCCGCUCCCUGGACAAGCACAGCAUCCCGGUGCGCCACUGGCGGCCAGGAUCAACACCGCCAAAGGCAAGCCGGUGGCUCAUGGCCAGGCCGGCUCUUCCGAGCGUCCCUGGUACAUGCGCGGUGGUCGGCGGCGACCUCUUCCCGGCGACACGGGUAGCCUGUGGCCGCACGAGGACUCUGGCGACCGCAUCGAGCAGCAGUUGAUGUUCGUGCCUGAAGACUACAAGCGGAACAACACGCGUAUCAAGAAGAUCCUGCUCAUGCGGGGACUCGGCGGCUGGGGGGACCUGCCUAGGGGACGGGCGGUGUUCCUGCGCGACAAGUGUCCCGUGGACACGUGCGAGAUCGUGACGUCGCAGGACGAGGCGCCCGACGCGGACGCGGUUCUCUUCAAGGACCGCUUCGUGGCCCCCAAGUACCGGCGACCCUGGCACCAGGUGUGGAUCCUGUACCUGCUCGAGUGCCCCUACCACACGCAGUCGUUCAUCAACAUCAAGAACAUUUUCAACUGGACGGCCACGUACAGGCACGAUUCAGACAUAGUAGCACCGUACGAAAAGUUCGUCAGCUACGACGACGGCGGCACGAGUGCUCAGCGCCCGGCGUCACCGCGCAACAAGACCAAGAAGGUCGCCUGGUUCGUGUCCAACUGCGCGGCGCGCAACCAGCGGCUGCAGUUCGCGCGCAAGCUGGCCGCCUACAUCGACGUCGACAUCUACGGCACGUGCGGCUCCCUCAAGUGCCCCCGUGCGCAGGCCGGCCACUGCUUCGAGCUGCUGGACCGCGACUACAAGUUCUACUUGGCAUUCGAGAACUCCAACUGCAAGGACUACAUCACCGAGAAGUUCUUCGUCAACGGGCUAGGGCGCGACGUGGUACCGAUCGUGAUGGGCGCUCGGCCAUCGGACUACGUGCGCGCCUCGCCCGCUCGCUCGUUCAUCCACGUAGAGGACUUUCCAUCGGUGAAGGCGCUGGCCGAGUACCUGCACUUGCUGGACCGCAACGAGACUCUGUACAACGAGUACCUGCGCUGGAAGGGCUCCGGCGAAUUCAUCAACACUUACUUCUGGUGCCGCCUGUGCGCCAUGCUGCACGCGCCGCCAGUGCCAAAGGUGAGCCGACUGGAUGACAUCGGUGCUUGGUGGGCGGGGCCCGGCACAUGCCGCAGCGACCGCUGGAGGGACUUCAAGCCCAAGCAAGACCCCGUCGCGUACGUGCUCACCUGACCCGGCUACGAGGCGAGCUCGCAUCUUCGUACUCCCCCCAGCGGCCUGCCAGCCAUUAAGCGGCCCGCUACGGCGCAUCGGAGAGUCUUGUUCAAAGACUACGGUCGUAAGGGCCCCUUCGACACGCAUCACUGGCUGGUGCAUUCGUGUGGUCUCGCAUGAUGCUGCUGGACAUGGCACGUGCGCGAGUGACCUGAAACGACAAGCGCGGGAAAACUUGUGGUGAUACGCCGGCCAGCAGUGCUUAUGACGUGGUUUCCGGGGUGGGUGUGCAUACCAGUCACGUGAUGCUGGCUCGUUGCGCGCGUCUUGGUGUCUCCAGCUGCAAACCGGCGUUGAUCGUCGGCACUGCCGCGAACAUGACUCCUAGCUUUUGGUCAGGUUUGGUUUUCGAACGUCCACUGUGUGCGCAGGUGUAUGACCAGUCACUCUUAAGGAGGUAUGAGGUACACAUUGUCGAAACAUUCGUUUCGGUGCAGCAACGGAUCAUUUCGCGGGCGAACGUAACAUCCCGUAUCUUCAGCAAAGCUUCAACUUGGGCUAGUUGCAUGACAUUCUAGUGUAGCUGCGCUGAGCGAAAGGCACAUACUCGUCCUGUUCUCUUUGUCCUUAGUCCUUGGUGCAUUUCGCUCAGCGCAACUACACUGGAAAGCCCGAAUCCUAUUCAACGAGUCAACGUCAGGCCUUAUGAGGAUGACCAACUAUGGAGAACAAAGUCACGGGUUUUCUACGUUGCGCUGUGGAACGGGGCAGUGCUCACUAGAACGCCCGCAGAACAGAAAGUGAAUCUCUAACCGUGCGGGAAACGCCGGGUGCGACAAACCAAAGAGCUAGCAGGCGUGGAUUAUCCGGGCCACGGCUGCCAUUCAAUACAUCAAAGUGUAUCGCAUCUUUUUACAAGCUAAUUACGAACUUCUUCGCGAUUUUGGCGCAUGCGUGUGCUCGUUUUUCACGGGAACGUGUUGUUGGUGAUAUGACGCGAUUUAAUGAUACGUGUCGUAAAGCCUGCGGUAGUGCUUUUCUCGCGAGUUUGCAGAGCGGCCGUGAUUUCCGAACGUCAAGAGUGGCCCCGCACGUAAGCUGGUGCUACGUGCGGCCGCAGCCGACUGCAUCUUGUGGCUAUGUAUUUUUGUUCAUCGGGACUCGUCUUCAACAUUCCACGCUUUGCUGACCGACCGAUUCCACGUGCCCUGAAAGUAUAAGCAUAAUAUUUAACGCGCGAUACUACUGCUACUACUAGAAAUAACGCAAGUUUGGGCAUGUUGGUAUUCCAUUUCAACAUCUAUAGCGCACAACACAAGGACAGACUAGCUAGCGGCUGUCGCCAUCGGUUGUCACUCAUCCUUGUCUUGUGCGCUAGAUGCCGAAAUAUUACCAGCGCUUCGCACUGAAACCUGCGCACUUUGUCAGAAGCCUCAAAGCCAUUCCGUGAACACGAUUAGUCGACAGGAGACUCCCGUGGCACGAACGACGCGGUGAAUGAACCGGGCAGCCUGUUCAUACUUCUCGCUACUUCCAGUGAUCGACAUGAAGGAGUAUUCGUACACGCGUUCGGUGGCUUCGGAACCUUUGGCUCAGGCAGUUCCGUAACUGCCAUACACUUAAUACUUUAUGCCUUUGAGCUCCAAGGCCAAAGCCCAAGUUUGCUAUGACAGACAAGACUAAUAGAAUUUGAUUAAUGAAGAGGCCUAAAGCUUCACAAGCCUAAAGAAAAAAAUCCAGCGAACCUGGUUGCAAGAAUGUAUGCUUUGUGACACGUCAUUUGGUGGAUAACGUUAACGUGCACGGCGCGGCGAAGAAUUAAACGUACUUUGUGAGCGCGUUAAUAAGAGUUAUUGAUUAAUGCAUCAUUUAGAGCAUCCAAACAGCUUGAUAAAAGUCGUACGUUUCGUUAAAGUAUAGCUGGAAAGUCAACCCUUGGUCAUCACAGCGUCUAGCAUUACAGUAUGGACUUGUCUGUAACAUCGUAGCCCUUUAGUGGACUCCACUGCAGCAAGACGGUUUUGUUCAGUCAGUGUGAGUUUCUGCAUUCAGACGUUUAUCUAUAGCUUACCCCACACGGCAGUCUACGAAUCGUCAUAACUGUUCUUGACGGUCGUAAGUUCUACUUAAUACCGAGCUUGGAGCAAAGUACGUGUCCGGAUAUAUGACACAACCAUCCAGUCCUGUUUUAUAUAUAUUUUUUUCUUUCUAGGCUUCUUAUUCGCUUUUCUAAAAAGCGUGUUACAUGCGCACGUAGAAUAUUCGUUAUUUUUUUUUUUAUGGUGCAGUGCUGGUUGAUACGUCACCGUAAACCCUCGGUGCGCCCUACUGGCGUCACAUUUAGCGCUCUCACUCAACCACAGAACCGCGCAAGUGCAACGAGCAACCCACCGCACAUGACCUUCUAUGAAAGCAUGCGCACACCAUAUAGCCCACAUAGAAGACGCACAAGACAGGGCUCGCUUCUCCCGCUGCGUUAAUGCAUGCGCAUUUUUUAUUUCUUGACAGCUACGAAUUUCAGUGGUCAGUGGCACGCGAACAGUACUUUGAAUGGUAGAAGUGCCGUCGGUAGUCUUCAGUACAUGCGGAGAGGGAGUGUACAUACAAAAUACGCUUAGCUCUACCAUUCGGAUGGCGCUGUUGAAUAAGCGAGGCUAUUCGCGAGGCGCACACGACUAGCGAGUGCCAGCCAAGCGCCGGGAACUCAAGCCGGAAAUUCUAGUCUUGAUGGACAUCGUGUAAUGGCCUCUGUAUAUGGACGGUCUGCACACGGACUCGGUGGCAUUAAUGGAAGUACACACUGAUGACACUACAGAAGUAAGGGUUGCGCGGAACAGUUUUUUUUAUUUUCCUCUCUGAAUGGCUACAGGCGAUAUAGGUGCGCCGCUCUCGUAUUUAUUCUUUCUCGUCGCUAUGUGAAUGUAGGUGUAUUCUGUCUAUAAGGAACAACACUGUCCGUACAAGUCCUUGUCCGCGUGAUCUUUGUGGGAUUGUGUACUCCGAGUGUUCGCAAACAAGAACGAAUAUGCGCGUCGAAAUGGAUGUCGUGUUCUUUUAUUAUAUUUUUUUCCUUUUCCUCCAUCGUUAACGUCGUUCGGUGCUUGUAUACGCAGUUUUUCUUCUUUUUUUCUUCUUCUAAAGCUUUCUCGCGUUUCGGAAUCUACGUGGACUGCUGCCUCGGCUAUAUUGCAGGUGCGAGACAGUUUAAUGUACUGUGAUCCGAGGGCGUAUAGCGAACCACGUGAAGCGUGUGCCACGCCUUCUCAUUGGGGGGCGGAGUCAUGAUGAGCUUGUCGCGGCGCUGUGAUCAUGUCAGUGUCAUCAUGACUACGCCGCCGUCUCAUUUGGGCGAUCCUGUGCGGCAUUGUAGGCGCUGGAAGUUCUCAUGCGUGUAGGUUAACCUAACAGAGCAAGCACUAAUGUUUUUUUUCCUGCUACCACCCCAUCUUCACGGUAUGUCCGCUACUUGCGGAGAUUACUAACGAUCUGCGUAGGCACGCGUAAUUUUCGCUCUUUUGUAUUGCACGGAGUAAUUUUUAUCGAGUAAGAUUAGCUAUUUUCGAAGUGAUAUUCAAUUACCCUCUGAUGACAGAUUAUUCUUAGCUGGCCCGCAAGUAAGAUGCAGUGAUCGAGUAACGAGUAGAUCUGCUAUUGAUUCCAUGCUAAAGUAGUAUAAGUAGACGCCCUUAAGUUUGUGCGCACCUUUUAUAUCCUCAAGUCAUGACGUAAGGACGGCUCGUAAGCAUACUUUAUCAAUGAACAAGGUCUCGUACCUGCAUCUGUUGGCGUUUUUGAACAAUUUUCUGCUCUUUUACACCUUCCUUGAAACUCCUUGCGACACUGCUGCAAUGUUUCUAGUUCUCAUGAGGCCAGUGAAUAAAGAAGAAAAGAAAAGAAAAAGCCAUGUUUCGUGAACAGGUUCGUAAAUGUGGUUCAUUCAGAAGGGAGAGGUGUGCUCAACAAAAGAAUCUCUGAGCAAGGAACGCUUUAAACUUGCGUUUUAUAUGCUCUGUUUAUACACAUACUCAUUCACAGUCUUAUUCGCGUCAUGAGAUCUGCAGUCUUUUCGAUGUCAAGAACAACGCGAAAAGUUCUUGUAUCAGAGCUAGAAAAUUUUACAAAAAAGAAAUGAACCAGGUUUCUGUGCAGACCUGUUACGUUCCUGUGCAGCUGGCAGCCGUGCAGCGAUCAAGCUAUGAAGUUGUCAAAACAGGAAACUGUGAACUGUGCAUAAUACUAGGGGAUGACCCUGUCUCACUUUAUUUUACGUAAAAUUUAAGACCUUUUUAUUUCAUUUUCAACAAACUCCAAAAGAGCUCAUCGUUCAGUUUUUUACUUGUUUUGAGCAUUUUUGGUGUAUUUCAAGCAACGACACGAAAGAAAGAGAGCACGAAGCGUUGUUUUAACAGUUUGUGCCGAGUAGCUAGGCGUGAUCUCGCUUUAGAGAAAUUUCAUGUGCAAGUUAUACUUGAUCAUAAAAAAAAAAUUUAAGAAAUCAGCCUUUGUUUCAUACACGAAUGAAUAGGUUGGAGUAACACUUUAAACGUUCGUCGUUUAAGAAGCCUAGAAGAGGAGUUGGUAGUUUUUCUUCCUUUCUUCUUCUUCUUCUUCUUUUCUUUUUUUUUUUGAAGUGUUUUGCAACGACACACGAGCUGCCCCUUUCGCCUUGUGGGUGAUUAAUUAUGCUUUUAUGCUGUCUUCCGUAAGGCACGCGGUGUCGUCGCAUUUUUCUAAUGUGCGAAGAUUUUCAGCUGUCUUUUGCAGCUCCGCGUAUACUGCGCUGCUCCGAUUCAGCCGCAAGUGAACACAAAGCUCUCAGUGCAAUUUAGGCGGGCUUUGACCUUCAUUAUGGAAAUACACUAGAACUAAGAAACUCGCGAGAAUUUUGCAGAACAGCUCGCAUAUCUUGUUGUCUUGCAUUGUGCAGCCUUCACUAUAAGUUAUUGCCAACUUGUCCGAAUUGUCGUUCUAUUACUUGGUACUGUAUAGACGUGUCGAGUUCUUGCUGAUGCUCGUACUCCCGUGCCAUGCCAACUUCAUUUUUUUUUACGUCUAUAAUGCUGCACAUAACUACCGCGCUUACUUUCACUCGUGGAAAUGCAUGCUCGCAAACAGCGUACAGCCGGUCAUGAACGUUUUCGAGGCACGUGAUUCCAAAAGCUUUAAUCUUCAAUAAUUCCGGGACCCGCCGGGUGAUCCGAUAAAUUACAUGGAAGCGCCAGACAUGAUUAGUCCUGCGGAAAUUCACAUUUGUCCCGAGAUUCGUGUCUCGUCGCAAACUUUUGUGGCCGACUGUACACCGCUACGGGAUUGUAUAUUCUGCGGGAAAAAUAGCUGAUGCCAUUAUUGUUCUCGCCUAGUACUGCACGCAACUAAUCUUGAGCCCCAAAUAACGAGAACAUGCGUUUAGUAUGUCUCUUUCGUUUUUUUCUGCAAGACAUUGUCUUUACAAUGUGCACAAAUUCGUGUACGCUGUAGGUCAUUCUGCGUACGCACACGUUGUACGCACAGAGAAGCGCAAGGCAGGAACGACUUAAUUACACUCGAAGAUACUUGGCACGUACCUUCUCCCCCCUCCUACGGUCAAAUGUUUUGUACGCAUCAUGUAUCUGAGAUGAGUGCUUCAAAAGGUGCCGGCACGCAGAGACUAGCGGCGACGAUUUCAUCUCGCGCGCUGCUCUGUUCAUUUCAUUCUUGUGAUAGCCGAACUGGUCAAGUUGUGCUAGUCAUGCUGUUAGACGUCAUGAAUAGAUUUACCUUUACCCCCGAGAAUGCCGACAGUCUUUGUACAUAACGGAGAUCUAAGAAAGAAGCAACAGCCUCAUACCAUGUUGGCAUUUGAAUCUCAUCCGCAUCAAUAAAACUGUGUUUCUUUUU